AUGUAUGAAAAUGUUGCUGCUCGUUCUGCACUCACGACUCGGGGAUUGAAGCUAGAGCUAAGUUAUGCACAUGUAGCUGACGAGCAAUCAGGAAUCACGAAUCUGGCAGAGUCUGAUCGGCGCUGCUGCUUCUUCCAUGCGAUUGCCGAGCCAGCUGCGAGUCAUGAGUUGCACGGGAAAACAUUUAGUCGUUCGGUUAGCGCGGCGAAACACCGAUGGAAUUGCGGCUGCCAGCACUUUCAAGAUACUGCGCUGAGCCGCCUGUUUCAUUUUCAAAGUGAUAACGUUACCAAAAAAGAAGGAUUGGUCGCCUUACGUCGACAGUGCCGAGCCGAGAAUCGCAGAUGGGAACGCAAACGGAACCAAGAGGAGAGGCCAUACCAGUCUGUAAGCCAACACAGCUUUCCUCUGCAUACUUUAGUUGGCUGCCGCGAUGACUUGGCUAAUGCGCUCAAGCAAGAGGCUGGUUUGCUCACAUCUGCAAGAAAUGCAACAUUAGCGUAUUCGCCAACGCCUCUGAUGCUGAUUUCUGAAAAAUAG